CAGUCUAGUGUCAUGCGGCGUGACGCAAAUUUCAAACGCUUUGGACACUCAUCGCUCAAAGGAAGAAAGUGGUAUCAUAUAAAAAUGGAAGCAUUUCUUUGAGAAGCAUCAGUUACGUGCCACCAUCAUUGUUGGAAUCACACCUUCUUCUAAAAGAUCCUCCCUCAGUUCAAAAUGUUGAAGAUCGUUUGCUUGUUUGCUGUUCUUGCAGUGGCAUUGGCUGAUGUGAGGCCAGUUCCACCACCAAGUGCCAUUCCACUGCAGCAUCCUCGUGCCCUGGUACAGCCAGUAGUGCCAGGAAAUGGAAACGAUAAACCAGCAGUACCGGUAAAUUCCGAUGUGCAGACACCAGAUGGAUCCUCCGGCGAUAUGGAUAAGGCUGAAACGUUUGGCUUCGGAUAUCAUAAGCAUUACUACGUUGCGCCACGAUACUAUGGGGGAUGCUAUGGUGGAUACUAUCCUUACUAUGGACAUCACUAUGGAUACCCUUACUACUAUUAGAUAGA